AUGCCUAGACAAACGUGCAUAACCCAAGAAGAAAAAGCACUUCCCAGGCACAAGUCAAUGAAGGACAGACUUACUCUUUUAUUUUGCGCUAAUGCAAGUGGUGACCUCAAAAUCAAGCCACGUUUAGUCUACAACGCUGAAAAUCCCCGUGCCUUUAAGAGCAAAAAUGUGAUAAAGUCCAAACUGUCUGUACAAUGGAAGGCAAAUAGUAAGGCAUGGAUAACUCGGACUUUAUUCAUGGAUUGGCUCACAGAAGUGUUUGCUUCUGCUGUUAAAAAUGAUCUUCAGGAAAUGGAUGUUCCUCUUAGAUGUCUUCUCUUAAUGGAUAAUACUCCAGCACAUCCACCAAAUUUGGAAGAUGACUUGAAUAGUGAACAUGACUUCAUCAAGGUCAAAUUCCUUCCACCCAACACAACUCCAUUACUGCAACCAAUGGAUCAGCAAGUGAUUUCCAAUUUUAAAAAGCUGUAUACCAAGGCACUGUUUAUUAUGUGUUUUCAGGUUAUCAAUGAUACCAACUUAACUCUUAAAGCUUUUUGGAAGGAGCAUUUUAACAUCCUGCAUUGUAUCAACCUUAUUGACAAAGCCUGGAGUGAGGUCUCUCACCACACUUUGCAAAUGGCCUGGAGGAAACUUUCGCCAACUUGUGUCCCAGAGCGAAACUUUCAGGAAUUUGAAGAAGAGAGCUCUCCUGAUGUAGUGCAUGAAAUCGUGUCCAUUGGCAAGAGUUUGAGAGUAGAGGUAGAUGAUGCAGACGUGGAGGAGUUGCUGAAAGAUCAUCAAAAUGAACUAACAACAGAAGAGCUGGUUGCCAUGCAGGAAGAACAGAUGAAAGUCUUACAAGAAGAGCAUUCGUCAGAGGAAGAGGCUAGGGAAGAAAUCACCAGUGCUGAGAUCAAGGAAAUUUGCAGAAAAUGGAAUGAUGUGCAGGAAUUUAUCGAGAAGCACCAUCCUAACAAAGUUGUGGCUAAUAGGAGAGUAAGACAAUCAACUUUAGACCACUUUCUUGUUCCUUAUCAAAAUAGACUUCGACUCGAAGAAACUCCCGAUGCAGUGCUACCCGAUAUUUUUAUGGAGGAGGAUUCCUCUUCCAAGCAUUAA